AUGGGUCUCUUCAAGAAGACCGAGGGCAUCGAUCCUCAACAACCACAAACCGACACGACACACGAGAAAGAUGUGGAGAAGAACUACGAAGACGUCAAGUUAGAAGCGCGUCAAGCUUCAGUCGACAAUGGCGGUUCGGCACCAUAUAUCGAUCCCGUCGUUGAGAAGCGCGUCGUUCGCAAGAUAGAUUGGCAUUUGGUACCGCUGCUCAUGGCUCUAUAUUUGCUUGCCUUCCUCGAUCGUUCCAAUAUCGGCAAUGCUAAGACCGCUGGUAUGGCUAAGGCUCUGGACCUUACCGCCGAUCGGUACUCAUGGCUUUUGACCAUCUUUUACAUCUCGUAUAUCCUUUUCCAAUGGCAAGUGCUUUGCUGGAAGGCGGUAAAACCUCAUAUUUGGGCCUCUUGGGCUAUCUUUGGCUGGGGUGUUAUUUCAAGUUGUCAAGCAGCAGUCACCUCCUGGGAAGGAGAGAUGGUACUUCGCUUCUUGUUGGGCGUGUUCGAAGCUGCCUACGGUCCUGGUGUUCCCUACCUCCUUUCCUUCUUCUACCUGCGUCACGAAGUCGGUUUCCGCAGUGGUAUCUUCCUUGCUGCCGCACCUCUCGCAACAUGUUUCGCCGGGGCUCUUGCCUAUGGUAUCACUUCCGGACACGCAUCCAUUGCCAGCUGGAGGCUUCUCUUCCUUGUAGAAGGCCUCCCGACUCUGGCAAUGGUACCAGUUGCCUAUUUUUUCCUUCCCGACAAUCCGCAGUCCGCCAGAUUCUUGAACGAGGACGAGAAGCGCGUGGCAGUAGCAAGAGGUGUCCGUCAGACAGGCACGACCGAACGUGUCGGCCGCAUCAAGUUCAAGGAUGUUGGUCUCACAUUCAUCGACCCCAAAGCGAUCACCACGGCAUUGAUGUACUUUUCAUGCAACGUAUCGUUUUCCUCGUUGCCCGUAUUCCUGCCCACAAUCCUGGAAGAGAUGGGCUUUGAGUCCAUCACUGCACAAGGUCUUUCCGCGCCCCCAUACUUUCUGAGUUUCCUCGUUACCAUCGGCUCUGCUUGGAUAGCCGACAGAACUCAGCAACGUGGACUGACUAUUAUCAUCCUGUCUAUCGUCGGAGGCGUCGGAUACAUCAUGCUGGCCGUCGCGAAGAGCACUGGAGCCCGUUACACUGGUGUUUUCCUCGCCGCAUCUGGAGUGUUCCCAUGCAUCGCGAACAUCCUCCCAUGGGUCACCAACAACCAAGGCAACGACGAUCGCCGUGGCGCAGCCUUCGUUCUGCUCAACGUAAUUGGGCAAUGUGGCCCUUUGCUAGGAACUAACAUCUACAAGAAUCCACCUUUCUAUGUCAAGGGACAGAGUAUCUGUGCAGCCUUUAUGUUCUUCAAUGGCUUGCUAGCACUAUUCUUGCGUACGCUACUUGCUUAUGAGAACCGCAAGCUGGAUAAGCAGUACGGCACUAUUGAGGAGCAGAAGAACAGGAUUGCAACGACCGAGGGAACGAAAGAGGCAGCUGUUGAAGCCAACACUGGUGUUGAGAAUUUUGGUCCCAUGUACCGUUACGUCUUAUAA